AUGGCUAAUCCAAAGCUUGAAGAGAAGCUCAAGAAAGUGUACUUUUUGGAAGAAAGCAUAAUACCAGAGACUGUAAAGCAGAUUCUGGAGUCCUGCAAGGACAAAAAUGAGACUGUGCAGCUCCAAUUGAAUGUAAAGGGGUAUGAAAACAGGAAAGAUCCAAAAAUGACCAAGGACAUUGCAUUUCCGCAUGUUAUGAGGAGAGAUCCCAGCAUAUGUGUGAUUGGAAAUGCUAAUGCCCAGACUGUUGCGGAGCAGCUAAACAUUCCAUUUGCCUUGGUUUCCAACUAUGAGGCUAAGUCUCUAGCCAGGGAAAGAGAGGAUCUCAUUGCUAAGUACAAAUACUUUAUCCUCUGUCCUGACUACCAGAAGGCAUUCAAUCUCAGGGACAUCCUGAAGAAGAAAAAGACCCAUUUCAUGUGCCAAGAUGCCUCUAAGUUGAAGGAAAUAUAUGAUUCUUGUCUUAAGACGUACAGGCUCAAGGUCAAAGACUGGUACGCACUGAGCUUUCCUGUUGGCCAUUGUCAAAUGACAGUAGAUGAGAUUGUCGAGAAUAUCAAGUAUGGUGUUCAGUUUCUUGCUGACAAUCUCAAGAAGGGGCCCCAAAACAUCAAGGACUGCUAUUUGAAGAGAACGACGGGCCCCAACAUCAAGGUUUAUUAA